AUGUGCAAAUCCACUUUCCACUCAUUCCUUCAGGAGCUCCCCAAAUGCGAGCAUCACAUGCACCUGGAAGGCUCCCUCUCUCCUGAGGUUCUGUUCACAUUGGCUAAGCGUAACAACAUCACUCUGCCCCAAGAUGACGAUGCUUUCAAGUCCCCGGAGACCCUCCUGGCACGUUAUGACCGCUUUACCUCUCUUGACGAUUUCUUGCACUACUACUACAUCGGUAUGUCCGUUUUGAUCUCGGACUCGGACUUUGAGGAUCUCGCUAUGGACUACUUCCGCCACGCUGCAGCAGAUGGUGUCGCUCACGCCGAAGUUUUCUUCGAUCCCCAGGCACACCUUGAACGUGGCAUCUCUUACAACACUGUUCUCAAGGGCUUUAGCGCGGCUCGUGCUCGUGCUCAGAAGGAGUUUGGCAUUACCAGCGAGCUGAUCUGCUGCUUCCUGCGUCACUUGCCUGUGCCUAACUGUGUCUCUAUGUUCAAGGAUGCCGAUGUCCAGGCCAGCUUCAAGAACGGUUCCGUCACUGGUAUUGGCCUUGAUUCUAGCGAGAAACCUUUCCCACCUGCUCUGUUUGAGGAAAUCUACGCUGGUGCCAAGGAGCUCGGUCUUCGUCGCACUGCCCACGCUGGUGAGGAAGGCCCAUCCACCUUCAUCUCUGACGCUCUGGACAUUCUCAAGGUUGAGCGCAUCGACCACGGUAUCCGCCUGAUCGAGGACGAGGCUUUGCUCCAGAGGAUCGCCAAGGAUGGCACUAUGCUUUCCGUAUGUCCACUCAGCAACGUGCUGCUACGCUGCGUCAAGGAGGUCAAGGAAGUCCCCAUUCGCAAGUUCCUGGACGCUGGUGUCAAGUUCAGCAUCAACAGUGAUGACCCGGCUUACUUUGGCGGCUAUAUCCUGGACAACCACUGCGCUGUGCACGAGGCUUUCAACCUGUCGGUGGCCGAGUGGACAAGCAUUUGCCGCGCUGGUAUCGAGGGCAGCUGGUGCUCUCAGGCCAGAAAAGAUGAGAUGUUGGCUCGUCUUGAUGAGGUCGUUCGUCUUUGGGCACCCAAGCUCUCUGCUUAA